AUGCCUGUCCCACCCGAACUACCGACUCCGCCAAACCCUCAGCGGUAUGCUGCGUCAAUAUCCACACCCACUUAUCUUGAUGAACCUCCAUAUCGAAGCAACCCCGAUACGAAUACCGACAAUACGAAUCUGUCCGUAUUCACGCAUCACUUUGGCGAAACGGAACAAUUACGGAGUGUGAUAGAAAUUGACGAAACUGAUAUAGAUGAAGAGGAUCUUGCCGAGAUGUUUAAGGUGUUUAAGGAUGUAUUGAUUACUCUGGUUUUACCUCAAGUAGCUAAAUAUUUUGGAAGGAGAUUUUCAUUCUGGGGUGAGUGCAGUUGA